UCUGAGCGCCAAUAUGAAUAAGAAACGGAGGGAGUGACUAGUCUGUAUCACACCACGACAGAGAGAGUGUUUAUAAGCGUUUAUAGACGAAAUACGUUCGUUUGUUUGUUUAGUUAUCGGCCUUUCUGAAGAGCUCCGUCGUUUGUGUAUAAUAGCGGCUCAGCCUCAGUGAAUGCCGCAGUGAAUGAGGUGAUGAGCCCCUUGGCGCGGAGCGGAGCUGGGGACGCAGCCCGAGCAGGCGGUCUCAUCGCUGUGGAGACCUGAGGAAAUCUAUCUGCUAAUAAGGACUGUAGAGGAACUGAAGGAGAUCUGUGAGACCCGCGGUGUGUGUGUGUGUGUUUUCUCAAUGACUCGGGGCGGUGUAAGCUCGGCGACACGUCCAGCUUCGACCUGCCGGUUCGGAUCCAGAGCCAUGCCGUGCCUGCUCUCUCGCAACAGGAUCAACAGACUCAUCAGCGAGAGCUUCCUUACAGUGAAAGGUGCUGCACUCUUCCUCCCAAGAGGAAAUGGCUCCUCCUCUUCCUCAACCUGCUCGAGAGCCACAGUACAGCGCAGCAAACAUGCAGGGGAUCUUCAGCAGCACCUGCAGACCAUGUUCACACUGCUGCGGCCAGAGGAUAACAUCCGCCUGGCUGUGCGGUUGGAGAGUGUACACGCUCAGUGCACACGCUACAUGGUCGUAGUGUCCACAAAUGGGCGGCAGGACACUGAGGAGAGUGUGGUGCUAGGCAUGGACUUUAACCCCUCAGACAGUUCCUGUUCUAUAGGCUUGGUGCUUCCUCUGUGGAGUGACACGCUGAUUCAUUUAGAUGGAGAUGGUGGGUUCAGUGUGUCCACCGAUAACAGGAUCCAUGUUUUCAAACCUGUAUCUGUCCAGGCCAUGUGGUCUGCCCUGCAGUCCCUGCACAAGGCGUGUGAAGUGGCCCGCUGCCAUAAUUACUUCCCUGGCAGUCUGUUCCUCACCUGGGUCAGCUACUACCAGAGCCGAGUGUCCUCUGACCAGUCUCACAUCAACGAGUGGAAUGCCAUGCAGGACGUGCAGUCGCACAGGGCUGACUCACCUGUACUCUUCUCUGAUGUGCCAACAGAGCGAGAGAGAACAGAGCGACUGAUCAAGACUCGACUGAGAGAGAUCAUGAUGCAGAAAGAUCUGGAGAAUGUCACCUCAAAAGAGAUCCGCACAGAGCUGGAGAUACACAUGGUGUGUAACCUGCGAGAGUUUAAAGAGUACAUUGAUAAUGAGAUGAUAGUCAUUCUGGGUCAGAUGGACAGCCCCACUGAGAUCUUUGAACACGUAUACCUGGGUUCAGAGUGGAAUGCGUCUAAUCUAGAAGAGUUACAGAACAGCGGGGUACAGUACAUCCUCAAUGUGACCAGAGAGAUCGAUAACUUCUUUCCAGGUCUCUUUGAGUACCACAACAUCCGCGUAUAUGAUGAGGAGGCCACAGAUCUGCUGGCCUACUGGAACGACACCUACAAGUUCAUCUCCAGAGCCAAGAAAGCAGGGGCCAAGUGUCUGGUACACUGUAAGAUGGGCGUGAGCCGUUCAGCCUCCACUGUGAUCGCCUACGCCAUGAAGGAGUACGGCUGGGACCUGGAGCAGGCCUUCGAAUACGUCAAAGAGCGCCGGGCUGUUACCAAGCCUAACCCUUCAUUUAUGAGGCAGCUUGAGGAGUACCAGGGCAUCCUUUUGGCCAGCAAGCAACGGCACAACAAAUUGUGGCGUUCCCAUUCAGACAGCGAUCUGUCCGAGCACCACGAGCCUCUGGUUAAAACCCCUGCAGCACAAACGCUGGGCCGCUCCAACCCCCGCAACCAAAGUGGCACCCAGACCUCGCCCUCACUCCACGAGCUGCUCCAAGCACUUACGCCCACCUCCAGCUUUACUGCGGCAAAAGACCAGGAAGAAUCUGGAGAGCAAGAGGUCCCAUUUUCAAAUGGCUUGAGAGACUCUGAGGAAAGCCUAGCUACCGAGGACCCUCCUUUGCUCCCCAGACCCUGGGCAGCCACUGUGGUACCAGAGGUCCAGCCUGACGUUGCAGAAGCAGUCUCGGUGGGUGGCCCUCACCCACCCGCUUCCCUUCAUUACCUGGCCUCUUCCUCCAAAAUUCCCUCAGACACAGAGGCUGAACAGGGCUCCUGUGAACAGCCUGAGGCUUCCUCUCUCACUCCAGAGAAGAGCAGUGCACCCCAGGUGACCAGAACAGAGUCCGUUAGGAGUAAAACCCCAGAGCCAAGCAGGCAAGCCCCCGAUUCCUCCUCAGCAGCAGGGCUGCCCACAGAGGUGCCUCAACAUCACGGGCAAGAAUUUAGCCAGCAAGUGCCUGACACAGACGUAGACUGUGCAGGUCUAGGUCACACCAGCGAUGAUGACCACCAUCACCCCAGUGCCACAUUAGAGGAAGCAGAGCUCUCUACUUCGCUUCCGUCACCUCUAAGCACAGACCGCAUUGACUUCUUCAGUGCCAGAGAGAAAUUCCUUGGCCUCUCUCAGGAGGGGCAAACGGUGCAGCAGACACACAGAGACAAAAGUCCCAGCCAGGAGAACAAGCUGCUGCUUUCUGAGGAGCCUGUUAAAGGAGAAGAGGACCAAAAAAAGGAGAGCUGCAGUGUCUGCAGUGUUUAUGACGUGACCUCAGAGCUGGAGCACAGUGUAACUCCUCCCCCUCCUCCUACCAGCCAGCCUGUUUCCAGCAGCUUCCGGGAGGAGGAGGAGUUAAUCAAAAGCACAUCGGAAGGAGCUGAAACGGAGAAGGUAGAGCUUGAGGAGGCAGUGCAAAGCGAUUGGCCAAAGAGUACAGUGCGGCGAGCCACCAGGCAGCUAGAACAGAAGAUGAAGCAAGACCUAGAGGUUCCCUCGUCCACGCUUCAUUCAUGUGCUCUCGGGUGUCUUUCACAACGCUCCACUGCCAGCGCCAGCAGCAGAGAGAGAACUGAAGACACCACAUCUCAUACAGACCUCACUCCUGAUCCAAGCACUGUGUCAGCCCACCACCAUCAGCCUGAGAGCACUGUGGAGGAGAAGAUGGAGAGGGAGGAACCUUCUCCUGCAGAGGAGGGGAUGGGAAAAGGGGGCGAAAUAAGACUCAGGGAAGAAGAGUGUGAACACACUGGAUUUUCAGAGGAGCAUGUGAGCCUCUUGCACUCUAGGCAAAGCCAUUCCACUCCAUCCAGCUCAUCUCCGGCAGUGGUUCUCCAUCUAGAGGGAGUCACGGAGAAGGAGAGCAGCACUGACCGCCCUUCAGAACCUCGUCUGGCAGUGGACAUGAGGGAGACAUGGGAGACUUUGAAAGAGCUAGGAGCGUUCCUCUGCCAAGUGAGCAGGAGAUCAGACAGGAGGCUCAGCCAGCCGUGGGCUGGAAAAGAUCAGAGGAAGGGGCGGAGUGUUCGAGAGCGGGCCAAAGAGGUUGAGGCUAAGAUCCGCCAAGCCGGUCUGACACCGCCCUCCCUGAUAAAGCGCUCAGCUUCAUUAGCAAAGCUAGGUUCCCUGGAACUGUCCGCUAACGAUCUGAGCGAGCUGGAGCUGAGUCCUUCCUCUGUGUCCCCGCCCACCACAAUUAAGCCACGCCCCCACUCUUUUACAGAAGAUACCUCAAAAAAGAAGCGGGUUGUGCCCCGACGCACUCCCUCUCUACCUUCCCCCUGCAUGUCUUAUCCGUCUUCUACUGGAUCACACUCGGAUAAAACGUUAGAGGACCAAAGGACUGGAGAAGGAGGGGACAGUGACAGCGAUGAGGACCCCGUGCCACUUCCAGUCUCCCCAACGCACAAUCCGUGCUGGAGGCAAGGGAGAGCCCCGGACCCUUUGUACGCUCCUGCGGCGACCCCCGCGUUGAUAUCUGUGGCAACCCGGCAACAGUAUGGGAGAACACACCCACUGAGGAGGCUGAAAAAACGAACCUUGAACUGCCCUUACCACACCAUGUGACCCAGGCUCUGUCUGUGUGCUUGUUUGUGUGUGUGCGUUUUACAAUGUAAUUUUAUCCACACAUACCUCAAUGGGCCUUACAAAACCGGAAAUCAAAAAAGAAAAAACAGCAGGGUAGGUUUGUAGCCUAUCGAACAUAUAAUUUAGAGUCAGAAAGAAAACAGAGAUCAGAGACGUUUUUGGUAUUGAGCUCACACGUGACGGGGUUGAUGGGCAGGUUUUAACCCGGACCCGUCGUCGGAGAAAUAGCUAAAUAGCUGCUCUGUAAAAACAAUGAAGUGCUAUGACUGAUCCUUUCUUUUUGCACAGCGUCUGUCAACUGGUUUAUUACACAGUGAUAAACUUGCAAUUAUCCGUCAGUCUGUGAUCUUGUACUGCAGAGUGCUCUUGCUGAACUGAAAUCUCUCCAUGCUCUGGGGACUUUUGUUUGUGUAUGUAUGUGUGUGUGUAGGUAUGGGUGUGAGGCAGAGUGAGACUGGUGCGUACAUGUAAAAUACAUUCUGUUGUGAAUGUAAAUGUAAUUGAGUGUAAAGUUAUUCUGGGUGUCUGAUUAGUGUGCAUGUUGGUCAGUUUGAGAAUGAGAUAAAUUGUGUACUUAGAAUGUAGAUAUAUGGGGCCUAGUGGAUGUAUGUAUGUAUAGCCUACUUUUUAUGGACAUGUAUGUAUGACUAUACUUUAAAGUGAGUGUGUGCACCUUUUCUUUCUGUUCACUUCUUAAGUGCAGUUUCUCCCAUCUGGGUUUUUGUUUAGUCCAGUAAACAAGUACCAGAGGGGAGUUUUUAAAUAUGCACUUUACCUUUUUUAUUAUGUUUUACAUCGUUUUUUUAAUCUGUGGUUUGUACUCUGGAAGCAUGCUUGCUGAGUGUGUACUGAGGGUCGCCUGUAUGGUUGAAUACAGUGCAAUUUUAUUUCCUGUUCCUUGUAAGACUGGAAACGUAAAUGUUUUCUUUUUAUUCUGUGCUUAAACUGUGACCAUUAAAGAAAAUUUAUGCAAA